CACUAAUACUUAAUAGUAGUACUGUCUGUGCUUGGCCCGACUUUCUUCCGUUUGCACGGUUUGGGCGAUCUCUCGAUCUCUCUGUGCAUGUGUCUUCAAGAGAGAGAUCUUGAUAUAAAUAAUUAUUAUAAUUUAUAUACAUCAAAACACCAAAAAAUUGCUUGAUCCUAGAUCCUGUUUUCGAAAUUAUCAUACGGUCAUCAACGCUGUCCCGCGAAUCUCCGCUCACAAACGGAGCAAGCAACGUGCCAGGAGGCGUGGUGGUUACUGUAAAUUAAUCGCCAUGAGGCCGUUACGCAUUGCUUGCGUCGGACCGGAGAAGGUCGGUAAGACCGUGCUCUGCAAUGUGUUGUCUGAGAAUGGCCUGGAGAGCUACGGUGAAUACAAAUCGACGCAUUGUGUCAGAAUACUGGAAUUUUCAAUGCGAGUGAAGACCGGAGGAGACCAGCAUGGGCAACGAGAUAUCCAGCUGUGGGACUGCGGUGGACGAGAAAUGUACGAUUCCAAGUGGGCGGCCAUUGAGUACAAGUGUGAUGCAGUGCUGCUGGUUAUUACUUCGGACAAGUCGCUUGAAACGGUGCAGCGGCUUGAGAAAAUCUGCAAGUUUUUCAUCAAGAGGAAGCCAGCGGUUAAGGUGCUUGUCCUGAAGAAUGAGCUACCCGGCAACCAAUCCAUUGAUAUCAGCCUGCCAAUUAGCGGACAUGAGCAACACGAAGUGGACCCACAGGAGGGAGUAGAUGCGCUACGAAAAAUCUUCAAGAAGUUCAUCAACCGCUUAGCGGACAAGCUAUACUCGGAAGAAGCAGAUGGAGAGUGAAAAAACAGAAGGUGUUGAUGGAAUGUAGCCUCCGUGGUGGCUGCGGAAGCAUUCCGGGGUCCUUUGACUUGAGCUUGACAUGAACACAAUGCCAUGUUUCUGUAACGGUUUUUGGUACUUAUGCGUGUCACGAAUGUAUCUUCGGUGCAUUUCGCACUUUCCUCGUUUUCUUGCAAAACGUGCGUGAUUGUCAAGUUAAAAAUGUACUUCAACUUUUGAUGAAAGGAUACUGCUGCAGUGCAAGCAUCGCAAGAGGCGAGCUUAGAAGAGUGGUAGCCACAUGUUCAAGUGCCAUGCUUCGCUUGACGUGAUGGCGCCCUGUAGUCAAUGCUAGUGCUCAUAAGCUGAUGUGAGCACAGUCAUGUACUUCUGUGUAUACAUGUACAUGACUGUAUAUUCAUAGUACAGAGCUGCAUGCAUUUACUUGUAUAGUUAUUUUAUGCUGCAGUACAGUCAUAAUCAUACAUAUUAUGUAUCUACUCCACAGGCGCUAGGCUUGACUUGAGCAAUACUGGUAGACCAAUGACAAA